CGUAUCCCUGAUUGAUCAUGAGCGCUUGGCUACUUUCGGCAUUGACACUUUCGUUGCUGCCUGCCUUUAGUAUGUCUUUGGCAAUUCCGAGAGUGACCGCUUUGUAUCGAUACGCGGUCAAGGGGUUGUCGGAAGAUGUUCUCGACAGCGUCACCUUUGCGAACACGGGGGAUACCUUUCCCGACGAUCGACGAUACGCCUUGCUCCAGCAAUCCCGACGUGAUCGAUUCGACGGAAAGUCGUGGUUGCACAAGGAAAACUUUCUGUGUGCCUUUACCGAACCGGAACUGAUGGCGACCCUCCAAUCCUACUAUCGAGAAACUACCGCGGGCGAAAAAAUACUCACGAUUGUGGAUCGGGCCUCGGGUGAUCCGCUCUUUAUGGGCAAUCUCGCGACCGAAGCUGGUCGUGAGCGAUUAGGAGAAAUGAUGUCCGAAACAUCGUCUCAGGAUGUAGUUUGCGUUACUGCGUCCGAUCCGUCCUCUCCACAGCACACUUUUCAGUUUGGCAAUACCUCGUCCGGCUUCAAGCAACGCGAUGGGGACACCCGAACGCUACAUAUUGUCAACGCACAGACGGUGCGUUCGUUGAGCGAGAAGAUUGGGGUGGCGCUGGAUCCGCGCCGCUUUCGACCCAACGUUGUGAUCGACGACGUAGACGCAUGGAGCGAAUUCGAUUGGGUACGAUCCAAAGCCAAGUUACGGUGCAUCAACAGUGGAUUGGAGUUGGCCGUCAUUGGUAAGACUGUCCGGUGUAAGGGCAUUUCCGUGGACCCAAACGACUUAGGACACGUGUUGGAUAUUCCUGAGCUCUUGAUCAAGCACUUUCCCGAACACGGACCCUAUCUGGGUGUCUACGCCGUAGUCGACGCCCCAGGAAAAUUGUCGACUGGUGACACUUUCGAGAUCUUGAUGGAAGCAUCGUGA